UAUUCUAUGGUUUACCAACUUAGUUUAUGUUGCUGUCAUUUCUUUUUCAAGUUAUUUUUGGAGCUAAAUGACUUAAUUAAUCACUUAUUAAUUUUGAUUUCAGAGUAUAUUUUAUGUUAGUUAAGAGCAAUCAAUGGCAUGUACAUGUAAUGAGUAGAGAAAGAGAGUUGAUCUCUCAGUUGUUACAGGCCAGCACCAAUGCAAAAUCCAUCAGUCAACUGCACUCUUUCCUUCUCCGCUGUGGUCUUCUUACGGCUGCUGAUUGCUUCUUUGCUACUCGCUUAGUCUCCUCCUAUGCCAAGUUCACGACCUCUACACUUGCACGCAACUUAUUCGAUGAAAUAUCCCAACCAAACUCUUUCCUUUGGAAUGCCGUGCUUCGUUCCCACUGCCGAGCGCAGCAAUGGGUUGAAACACUUCGCCUUCUCCGACGCAUGGCUGCCAAGCCCUCUGACCUGGAUGCAUUCACACUACCUAUUGCUCUCAAGGCCUGUGCGGCGCUAUCUGAACUCCGCCAUGGCCGGUCCAUCCAUGCUGUAGCUAUCAAAAAAGAUUUCUACCAUUCCGAUAUGUAUGUCGCAGCAGCACUUGUAGAGAUGUAUGCCAAGUGCAGUGAGAUGGGUGAUUCAAUUCGGGUUUUUGAGGGAUUAACGGAAUCAGACGUUGUUGUUUGGACUGCAGUGGUCUCUGGAUACCAGCAGAAUGGUGAUGCCGAGAAAGCAAUAGCAUUCUUUUCCAGAAUGUUGGUUGAAAAGCACGCCAUUCCUGAUCCUGUGACUAUAAUAAGUGUGAUUUCUGCAUUAGGGCAGCUGGGAGAUCGUCACGGAGGAAGAUGCUGUCAUGGAUUUCUACUUAGGAUGGGUUUUUUUCUUGAUAUAUCUUUGAUGAAUUCAAUUUUAAACUUUUAUUCAAAGAUGGGAGAAGUUACUCUUGCAAGGAAGCUGUUUGAGACAAUGCCUGAGACAGAUGUGAUCAGCUGGAGUUGCAUGAUAUCUUGUUAUGCUCAUAAUGGUGAACCCAUUGCUGCAUUGAGGGUAUAUAAAAGGAUGAUUGAAAAGGGAUUGCAGCCCAAUUCUGUUACAAUGGUUGGUGCUCUGCAGGCAUGCUCUUUGUCUUGUGAUCUUCCUCAAGGAAGGAAACUCCAUGAAUUGGCCAUUCAAAAGGGUUUUGAAUUAGAUAAAUCAGUUGCUACAUCACUGAUAGAUAUGUACAUGAACUGUUCGUGUCACGAGGAAGCGCUUAGUAUGUUCUAUCGGUUGCCGAAAAGGGAUGCCGUUACAUGGGCAGCGACCAUUGAUGGCUGUGCUAAGAAUGGAUUUGCUAAUGAGUCCUUAAAACUUUUCAAGGCCAUGCUUUUUGAUGAAGUGUGUCCUGAUGCUGUAACAAUGGUAAAGGUUCUCAUGGCAUGCUCACGUUUGGCAGUCCUAUCUCAGGCUCUUUGCUUGCAUGGAUACUUGGUUAGAUCUGGUUUCAGCUAUAAAGUUUAUGUAACUUCUGCACUUGUGGACUUAUAUUCCAAAUGUGGCAGCUUAGAAGAUGCUGUAAGGGUUUUUGAAGCCAGUUUUGAAAAAGAUGUAGUGCUCUGGAGCUCAAUGAUUGCAGUCUUAUCUGCUUGCAGUCAUAAUGGUAUGUUGGAAGAAGGCCGAAGGAUAUUUGGCAACAUGGUCAAUGGUUAUGGCGUCACACCUGACUCCAAACAUUACUGUAUUAUGGUUGAUCUACUUGCUCGAACUGGAGAAUUGCGUGAGGCUUUGAACCUUAUUGAAGAAAUGCCAAUGCCGACUGGCCCUCACGUUUGGUGUGCAUUGCUUUCUGGUUGCAGGUCACACCAAGAUAUUGAAAUGGGGGAUUUGGUAGCUCAAAGAUUACUUGCGGUUGAUCCUUCCUAUCCUGGAUACUAUAAUCUGAUGGCUAAUCUGUAUGCUUCUGGUGGUAAAUGGAAUCAUGUGGAAGCAGUUAAGAGAUUUAUCAAAGAAAGAGGACUGAGGAAAAUACCAGGAUAUAGCACAGUCGAGAUUGGCAGUGAAAUUCACGAUUACCUUGCGGGGGAGAAGAUACAUCAACAACGGGAGCAUUCUUAUGACUUGUUUAAGGAGAAUAGAAGUAAAUAUGAGAGAGAAUGUUAUGUUUCUGUUAAUGAGGUACAUACUGAUAAAGAAGGCUUACUAUAAGAUUGUUUGUAGGUUUUCGUACUAUGAUGGAAGAUGAAGGGGGUGUUUGGUAUCGGAUUUGUCCGUCGUUUUUAGUAGGAUUUAGCGUAAAUCCAGCCAAACGCAAUCCGCGCCGCUGUAAAUCCGGCAAAUCUGUAAAUCCAGGAUUUACGGAUUUAUGGCAUGAAUCUGGUAAAUCCUUCUAAAUCCUAAUCACAUUUCUAUUCAGAUUUAACACGACUUACAGUUGCGGAACUUCUUCUCACAGCGCCCUUGUAAUCUGUUGCCCAACAACUUCUCUGAAUGUAACAUGAUUUAAAAUUUGUCAUACCAAAUAUUUUUCAGGA